GACACAUCCUAAAGUCCAAACCAAUAGCAGUAAACAGUUAAUACACUCCUUGAAAAAAGUAAAAACAAGCCCUUCCAUUUUCAGUAAUUGACACACACACCCUUCCCUCCCAAACUAAUAGUACUAUUAUAUUUUUUUCUCCUCAUCCAAUUGAACCAAAAAUUCCCUCUUUUUCAUGGCUACUUCCGUUACCGUCAAUUCUUCCUCCGCCGUUACCGUCAAUGACGUCGUCGGAGGCCCUCCUCCACUUCAAGCAGAAUCAAUCUCCAUCGUUGAUCUCCGUCUUCUUUCUCAAUCUGAACUUUACUCUCUUUCCCUUUGUUCCUCUUCCGCUUUUAACCCUCGUCGGGAUGAUGACGUCGUUAUCCCUAAAAUUGACCGUUCCGUUUUCAAUGAAUCUGCUGGCUCCCGCAAACAAACCUAUUCCCGUCUCCGCCUUGCCCCCGCCGCCGCCGCCGCUGCUGCUGCGGCUUCUUCCUCCUCCGUCAUCCGUAGCCGUACCCCGCACCUACGAAAUUCUUCUCUUCAAAAUUCGGAUUUUAACAGUGGCUCUGAAAAUUCGGAGAGUUCGCAGAUUGUUACGAUGCUUAAGCAGUUAUUUGGUUCGGGUUCCAGUACGGCAGCGAAUCCGACUGAUUUGGUACCUAUUCGGGUUGAUUAUUCUGAUUCGUUCUCCGUGCCGGCUCCUGCGCCUGUGCCAGUGCCAGAAUUGGGCAAUGUAGGUUCAAUUGGGCAGAAAAGGAAGCGAGGACGGCCUAAGAGGAAUGAGAAUAGCGGGGUGGUUGAGGUUAAGGCUGCGAAGGCGGAUGUGGAAGUGAAGGACAUUGUAGUUUAUCAAAAUGUGGAUGAAAGGGAUGAUAGGGAUAAGGAGAUUAUGAAUAAGGAUGGUGUACCAGUGGAUUUGGCGGCUCUAGGAGCAUUGGAGGAUCCGUUUGGGCAGGAAUUGAGGAGGAGGACUGAGGGUUUGGGGAGUGGAGAGGAGUUGUUAGGGUUUCUAGGGAGAUUGAAUGGGCAAUGGGGGAGUACGAGGAAGAAGAGGAGGAUUGUGGAUGCAGGUGAGUUCGGGAGUACGCUGCCAAAAGGUUGGAAGCUUUUGCUUUCUGUUAAGAGGAAAGGAGGCCAUGCAUGGGUGCAUUGUCGGCGCUAUAUAAGCCCUAAUGGACGGCACUUUGGCACAUGCAAGGAAAUUUCUUCAUAUUUGCUUUUUCUUCAUGGUGAACGGAAUGAAAAUCUUCCUACAUAUGCUAAGAGUAGUGAAACUGUUGAGAUCACUAAUGCAUGUGCUUUGGUUAGUACUUCAGCAGAUCUCAGAGUUCAAGAUGGCGGCGAAAAGGAGAGCUCUCUUUUUCAUAACUCAGCCCCUGCCGUUGGUCAUGGGGAGUUUCAAGGUUUAUUAAAUUUUGGAGAACUAUCAGAGGUCCAAGUAGGAGAUCUGUUGCACUGUGACAAAUGCAAUGUGACGUUUAAUAAUAAGAAUGAUUUAUUGAAGCACCAGUUAUCUUCUCAUCAGAAAAGGAGAUCUAGAAAUGGUGGUCAAUCCAUUACUGAUGGAGUAAUAAUUAAAGAUGGAAAAUUUGAAUGUCAAUUCUGCCAUAAGACAUUUGAAGAAAAGCAUCGGUACAAUGGUCAUGUUGGGAACCAUGUCAAGUACCAGCUAAAGACUGCAGAUGGAUCUCUUCCAAUCAAAAUGGGAGGGUACGUUGAACCUGUGGUGUCUAGCAGAGCCAUGCUAAGGGAGCCCAUUAUGCAGGAUUCAGUUGUUCCGCUGAGGAACCUGACAGAAAAUGCUGGUGCAAGUGUGGAUGAUGGUGACAAUCAUGCACCUCCUAGUAAAAUCCAGGAGGACGAUCACAUGGAGACUGAUGAUAAGCUAGAAGGUCCAGCUGAAGGAACCAAUAAGGGCUGUCAUAACCAGGAAGAUAUUUCUGUGAGUUCCCCUAUUUCAUCGAACGAAAAAACAUGUACCGAUAUAAGCAAAGUAAUUGUCUGUUCCAACAUAGAAGAACCUAAACAGGAAGGUUUACUUUGUUCAAAUGGCGUUGUUGAUUCGUGUGGUGUUAGUGUGGAAGAUGGCAAGUUUUUCCCUACAGUGGAUGAGAGCAAAUUAGAGAGUGAUAGGUUGGUGGAUGCUGAGUCAACAACUGCGUUAUGCAGAAAUGCCAGUCUGCCGGAUGAGAAUAGUUUGAUAAGUGCCAGACAGGUUCCACUCACUGAAGAUCACUCAGGGAAGAACAUUGAUGUUCUGAAUGGUGUAUCCUUUCUGUCAGAAACAUCCAAGGAAAACAGAGAUUUUAAGAGCAGCCUAGGUACCCCAUCUUGUGACAAGGAAGGAUCCACGGUAGAUUAUGUAGGAGUUCAUUCUGGGCAGGACAGCUAUUCAUUUGUUCCACAUCCAGAUGAACAUGUAAAUACAGCUGAAAGAGAUGUGACUGAUGUUUCUGCUUGCGUUCUAGACGGUCUUGCGCAGCAGAAAGGUGACGGGAGCAGUCUGCUUUCUCCGUCAUGUGACAAGAACAGUGAGAUUGAAUCUCAGAUUUUUAAUGAUUUGAAAAGAAGUGCAGAUGAGCCCAAGAUUAAUCAGCUGCAGAGUGUUACUAGUGAUAUAGUGGGAUUUACUUCUAGUAACAAUCAUGCUGUGCAAAAAGUUGAUGCCAGUAACAUAGAGAAGGAAAAAAGUCUUGCAUUCUGCUCGCUUUUUCCAGUCACGAAUGCGAGGGCAUCUUGUGCAGAAGAUCACGAUACCAAAGUUUACCAGAGCACAAUGGAAGUUAAUGAUCAGCAAAGGUCUGCGAGUGCAUUAUUUUCUUCAACCAAUGUGCCAGAAGCUUCCACCAAGGAAUACACCAUGAACAGGAGCUAUAACAACUCUUUGGAUGAAUCUAAAUUUGGUCUUGAAAAUUCUCGACAUCAUGAUCUCAAUGUUGUUUUCAGCAAUUCUCAUGUGGAUCUAGGUGCAAAUUUGAACUGUACAACGUUCCAACUUGGCAUGGAGGAAACAUAUGGAGUUCAGGAUAAUCUCCAUAGAAGAUUGGAGACCGAUAAACAUGGAGAAGUUGGGAUUGAUUUAAGUAAUUCAACAUUCAAGGGAAAAACGGGGGAUUUUGGAAGUAACUUCAACACAGUUUUUCAUGGUCAGUUGUGGGAUGAACAGAAAGUAGAUGAAGUUGAUAACUCUGGAAAGAAGAUAAUUACUAGUUUUGGUUGUGGAGAUGCCAAACCUAAUGAGGAUGUCAUGGCCGGAAGCAUUUGGAGAACGGGUGUGGAAAAUGUCAUUCAAGGUGGCUCAGCAGACAAUUCAACCUCAGUAGCCCAGUCAUCUAAUUGUUUCCAGAACUAUGAUGUUUUGUCAGAUAAGGUUCACACUCUCUUCGGAGAGAAUGAGAAGUAUGACGGCAACACUGGCUUUGAUGGGUUGAGAUCUGACAGAAGUGGACCAGUGGAAUAUAGUUUCAUGGGCACACACAGUUUAAAUUCUCUUCAAGAAGAGCCUCAAGUUUAUAUAGAACAAGGAUUUAAUUCGUCAUUUUGGCUUGGAAAAGACAAUGUAAUGCCAAAUUUAGCAGGCAGGAAUCCGACGACCGUGGUAUGUGUUUGGUGCAGAAAUGAAUUCUAUCAAGAGCCUGACCAGUUAGGAGCAGAAGCAGGUUCAAUUGGUUUUAUGUGUCCAACCUGCAGUGGGAGGAUCUCAGGGCAGUUUAGCUUUAUGUAGAACUUGUCAUUGAUCCACAUUGAACGUAGUUUUCAGACGGAGGAUUUGGUCAAAGGGAGAGCUGAAAAAAUUAAUUAGAAACUCUAGAUUAUGAGUGGAUCAAGAUCAAUGUUAGUUAAGUUAGCAUGUAACCUUCCCUAUUCUUUUGACUGAAGUAAGUCAAAUCACUUACUGUGUUUUAGAGAAGAAUUUGAGGUUUUAAGCUCCUUUAGCCAUUUUUUUUUUGUCAAUGUAGUCAUACAGGAUAUGUUAGGAUCAGAAUCCAUCAGUAGGACCUAAACAUUUCCUGAUUAUUAGAUUAUUAGGUAGGUGCUGAUUUGUUUCCGAUUUGAGUUGUGGAUGGGAGCAUGAAGAGGCAGCUUUGAUCAGUUAGCAGCAGUGUGACGGAGGAUGGAUGAAGAAGCAACUCUGAUUGGUUAGCAGCAGCGUAAUGGAGGAUGGAUGAAGAAGCAACUUUGAGAUCAGUUUGUAGAGAUGACUGUGAUAUCCUCCUCCUACCAAUAUCUCAUUGAGAUUCUUCUUUCAAAUGAUUCUAUUACUUGUUACUAAUUUGAACUUUUACAAGUUUCUUGUAGAAUUUGAAUUUGCAGCUGUGUGUUAUGUUUUCUUUUUUGCCUUCUGAUCA